UUCUUCCCAACAUCCCCCGCGGUAGGACGUCAUCGGCGCCCUUCAGCGCAAACGGAAGAUGGCGUCCGCCACUCGCGUUAUCCGGCUCCUGCGGAACUGGGCAUCCGGGCACGAUUUGCAGGCGAAGUUGCAGCUGCGCUACCAGGAGAUCGCCAAGCGAACUCAGCCUCCUCCCAAGCUCCCUGUGGGCCCCAGCCACAAGCUCUCCAGCAACUACUACUGCACUCGCGAUGGCCGCCGGGAAGCUGUGCCGCCUUCAGUCAUCAUGUCCUCGAAGAAGGUAUUGGCGCCAGGCAAGCCUGCAGAGAGCCCUGCUGCAGCUGCCACUGAGAAGAAGGCCGUGUCGCCAGCUCCUCCAAUAAAGAGGUGGGAGCUGUCCAAGGACCAGCCUUACCUGUGACUGCACCCUGGGGGCACCUGGCCAGGCCCUCAGGGCCAUCUGGGUGCUUCCCCUCCUCGUAUUCCUUCCGGGAGACCAUGACUUAAUUAUGACAAAUACACCUAGCUCUCCAGUAUUA